AUGACGGACGUGGAGGGUUCAGACGUAGAGGGCUCAGACGUGGAGGGUUCAGAUGUGGAGGGCUCAGACCUGGAGGGCUCAGACGUAGAGGGUUCAGACGUGGAGUGCUCAGACGUGAAGGGCUCAGACUUGGAGGGCUCAGACUUGGAGGGCUCAGACUUGGAGGGCUCAGACGUGGAGGGCUCAGACGUGGAGGGCUCAGACGUGGAGGGCUCAGACGUGGAGGGCUCAGACGUGGAGGGCUCAGACUUGGAGGGCUCAGACGUGGAGGGCUCAGACCUGGAGGGUUCAGACGUGGAGGGUUCAGACGUGGAGGGCUCAGACGUGGAGGGCUCAGACGUGGAGGGCUCAGACGUGGAGGGCUCAAAUGUAGAGAAAAAAUUUGGUGAAAACACUGUUUAG